AUGUCCUUAAACGGAUUUAUAAUUGGAUUUAAUUCUUCUUCUGCAGUUUGUCCCGUGGGCAACACCCUUCUUGUUGGAGCUGGAAGCUGUGUUGUUACCAAGCGUGGAGGAGAGUCGAACCAAUGGGUGCCUGGAGAUGGUCGCUAUCGCAUUGAUCAUCUGGCUUAUUCAUCUUUGCCUCGCUUGAUUUGUGUGACUGAGACGAGGCUCAAUGUUGUAUUACACGUGUUUAGUUACCCCGAGUUUAAUCGUGUGCAAAAAGUAGAAGAAGUUGCAAAAGUGGAGGUUCAGGACAUGCAAUUUUCACCAAAUGGAGAGAUAUUGGCACUUCUGACGUGUAUUCCAUGUAGUUCUGUGACGGUAUUCACACUCCAGCGUGGACGUACACUUGAGCGACGCAUAUCCGUGGAAUUAGCUGACAAAUUUUGGAAAUAUUUGGCAUUUCCUCCGCAAAGAAAAGACUGCGUGGCCGUGUGGGAUGCUGGAGAAGUUGCUCUUAUAAGUCAGUUAUUUUUGUUAUCAUCCCCUUCCAACGUUGUUUCUUUGGACUCGCAUGGCAAGGAAUUUUAUUCUUGUUGUUGGAGUGCGUAUGGUAUACUUUGUGGACUGCAACAGGGAGCAAUUAUUCUUUUUGAUGAGCUAAAGAUGGAAAUGCAGGACUAUCUUACUUGCCCAGGAAGUGGUGCGGUUACUUACAUUGUUUCUGCUAAUGCUUUUCUCUUGGUGGGAACUGAGGAUGGCGCGAUAUUUGGCUACAAUAUGGAUGAGAAGGAAUUGGAACUGCUUCUUCGUGUUGAGUACUCUGUAGAACGAUUGUUUCUCUCUGAGAAUGGAUCAGAUGCCGUGAUUGUUACCCAGGCUGAGGUUACAAAGUUGGACCUUAAUAAUAAACAAUCUGCCGUCAUGUGUGUACGUGAAACAGGGAAUACAGUGAAGGUUUUGACCCUGGGUGACUACGUUAUAGCAGUUUCUGAGGAUGGAAGCUUCAUGAGGUACGAUAAGGAAAAGAAUAUUAUAUGUCAAUUUACUACGGAAUUUGGUGAUCAGGCAAUAGAUGCUUGCGCUGUAAGAUCGGCGGUGAUUGUAGUGUAUCACAGUGGAUGCGUUCGCUCUUUUAUUGUAAAUGGUGGAUUUACAUUUUCUUCACAGAUAACACUGGGUGAGAUGCCUCUUACUCUCUGUGAAUCUGAUGGGGUCUCAUCUUUGGCUGCAAGUGACGGUACUACGGUGUACUUUUUUGCGCUACAGGACAAUCUGCUUUACCCUCGUGGUUCUUUGAACAGUCUCACAUCUCAGGUGAAGAAAAUUCGGUGGAAUAUUGGUGGGCACCUCUCGGUCUUUGCGGCUUGUACCAAUGGUGAAAUAAACAUGGUUCAAUGUAUUGGCACUGAUGGAUCGUCUUUUGAUACUGUGGCUGUGGAAGCGGUGUGGCGACUAGAUUACCCUGUCAAUGACUUUCUCCCACUUCAUCUUGACGAUGAUGUGGUGAAUAUUUUGGUUCAUUCUGUAGACAAAGACACCAAAUUGUACGUUUUGGAGCGCCGACGAGAACGAGACAUCAAACCUCUGCGUCCAUUAUUUUUGAUGCGUGAUCAUGAGGGCAGCGGCGGCUCUGUCCUUCAAUAUUUUGGAAAAACGGCUGUUCUUUCCGGUGGGGCUGAUGGAAAGGUGGUUGUAAGAGACGUCUCACACUAUCUAUUAAAGCUGACACCUAUCCCUCCUUCCAAAGAAAAGAGAAGGCCCCAAGGUGAAUUCCCCAUAAGGCACAUGGGAAAAGAAGGGAUAACUUCUUUGUGUGCAUGGAAUGGUGAUUGUGGCUUCGUUUGUGGAGGUCAUGACACAGUGAUUCAUUUUAUUACCUCCGGUGAACCCAUUUCUGAUUCAUGGAAAGAACCAAUAUGGAAAAAGGAAAAACUUUUGGGUGUCUCAGACGCCAUGCAAACCCCAAUGGAGGGGUCAUCUACACUGGGUGAAUUUACUCGAUCCAGUGUUCUAUCCGAUUUGAAUGAGAUAAGAGCAGAGGUUAACAAAUUAUUGAAGGAAAGAAGUUCGGCUGUCCACGUUGAAGACUUUCUGCUACCUAGUCAGCGGGAGUCGUUUAGUGCGGAGUGUGAAUUGGCGAUACAGAAGGCAAAAGAAGAUGACUACUACCGUUUGCUUCAUAAUGAAUUUACUCAAUAUAUUAUUCGAAAUGAAUGUUGGGACACAAUGGAAGUACCAAGAGCGAAA